UCACCGACCAAGCUGCUACACCGGAAUCACCUGAUCCGUUCUCCUCUCUACUGGUCUGGCGUACGCUCUCUCUCGACUUAUCAACAAGCAACCAUAUUUCUCAUACUCGCUGCUUCAUCUCUCUCUCUCUCUCUCUCUCUCUCUCUGAUAGAUCUAGGUUUUUCCUUUUCCUCUCAAUACGUUCAUGAAAUCCUGAAAUCCUUUUAAUCAGAUCCUAUAAACGAAGACGAAAAUGGCUGUUCGAGCAGUAAACAGCUGCUUUAUCUUCCGCUCCGCCUACUCCUCUCCUCCUCACAUUCCUUCUCUCCCCGCUCUUCGAUGCCGUCGCCGAUGCUUCCAUUUCUGUCCCUUGAAUUCCCACAUCAACCCUAAGUUGGGGUUUUCUUUCUCGAAAUCGCGGUCGGAGAAUGGCCCUGUUUUCGGUCAUCACAUCCGUUUCGUUCACAGCCUCGUUGAUAUCGUCAUGGAGGAGUUGGAAGCGAUGCGCUCCAGGAAGCGGAUUCGCGCCCGCAGCAACAAGUUAUAUUCUGGUCAUUUCAAACUGUUCAGAUUAUUAAUUUGCUGGUGCAGAAUGGUGGUAAUGAGCAGUAAGGCAUUGGUUGAAGAUAAACUUGAAAAGCGGGUCCUGCAGAAAGGAUUAUUGCUGGAGUUUCGGAAAGAUUCUGAAAGGUUAUUGCUAGCGGUUGCUCAGAAACCUGAUGGAAAGAAAAACUGGAUGGUGUCUGAUCAGAAUGGGGUCACAUCCUCUAUAAAGCCACAACAAAUUACGUAUAUUGUACCUGGUGUUGAAGAUUUUGACCACACAGAAAUCGCUGAUUUUAUUCAGAAAGCUCAGAGUCUCUUGGACCCAUCACUUCUUGAGUAUGCUUGGAUGGAGCUUCUGGAAAAGAACAAAUCAGUGACAGCUGAGGAAUUAGCAGAGAUCAUAUACGGUAGUAUGGAGCCUCUGGAAAGCUAUAGUGCCCAUAUUUUGCUAUCUAAAGAUGAAAUGUAUUUCAGCGUGAUUGAGAGUAAAGGAUCCUGUUCUGUUUACCAGCCUCGCCCUAACGUGCAGGUAGAAGAACUGCUGCGCAGGAAGCAUGCAAAGGAAGCAUCUGAAAAAGAACUUGAGGAAUUUGUUCAGUUACUGAAGUCUGCAAAGUCUGUGCCUCCCCAUUUGAAACCUCCCAAAUGCUCAUGGACAACGGAAGAGAAAAUAAAAAACCGAGUAGAGUCACUUGAGGCUUAUGCUAUUGAUGCAUGCAAGAAUGACGACCAAAAGAAGACAGCUGGAAUGAUCCUCAAGGCUAUGGGACUGCCAAAGAUGUCAUCUGCUGCGGUAAAUCUCCUUGUGGAUAUUGGGUAUUUCCCAGUACAUGUCAACCUCGAUCUCCUGAAGUUCAAUGUUCGUACAGAAUACUCUGAUGAGGUUCUGUUAGCGGCUCAAAAUCUUUUGUCCAUCUCUCCUGAUCUUGACAAGACAAACAGGAAAGAUCUUACAUUCUUGAAGGUCUAUGCAAUUGAUGUGGAUGAGGCUGAUGAGCUUGAUGAUGCGCUGAGUGCAGAGAGGCUGCAGGAUGGCCAGACCAGAGUUUGGAUACACGUUGCUGAUCCUACUUGCCUAGUUCAGCCCCAAAGCAUAAUAGAGCGAGAGGCAAUGAGAAGAGGAACCUCUAUUUUCUUGCCUACUGCCACCUUCCCUAUGUUCCCUGAAAAACUUGCUAUGGAGGCAUUAAGCUUGCAGCAGGGAAAACUUUGCAAUGCUGUCAGCAUCUCUGUUAUUUUGCAUCCAGAUGGCAGCAUUUCAGAAUAUACCGUAUGUAACUCGGUCAUCAAGCCCACGUAUAUGUUGACGUAUGAGAGUGCAUCUGAGUUGCUUCACUUGAACCUGGAAGAGGAGGCUGAACUGAAACUUCUGUCCGAGGCUGCUGCUCUUCGACUACAAUGGCGUCGUCAGCAGGGUGCGAUUGACACAGCUACAAUGGAGGCACGUGUCAAGGUAACUAAUCCAGAUGAUCCGGAACCUUCCAUCAACCUUUAUGUUGAAGAUCAGUCGGACCCUGCAAUGCGUCUUGUCUCAGAAAUGAUGGUAUUGUGUGGGGAGGUUAUAGCCACCUUUGGUUCGUACAACAACAUUCCUUUACCUUACAGAGGGCAGCCCCAAUCAAACAUCUCUGCUUUAGCAUUUUCCCAUCUUCCUGAAGGACCUGUCAGAAGCUCUGCGUAUGUUAAAAUAAUGCGUGCAGCAGAAAUGGAUUUCAGGAAACCUAUACGUCAUGGGGUCCUGGGAGUUCCUGGUUAUGUACAGUUUACGUCUCCCAUCCGCCGAUAUAUGGAUCUUCUUGCUCACUAUCAGGUGAAAGCCUUUCUAAGAGGGGAUUCUCCUCCUUUCUCAGCAGGUCAGUUGGAAGGGAUGUCAUCACUGAUAAACCUGCACGUUAGAGUAGCUAAAAAGCUUUUCAACAGCAGUCUACGGUAUUGGCUAUUGGAAUUUCUGAGAAGGCAACCCAAAGAAAAGAAAUUCCGGGCCUUGAUUCUUAGAUUUAUCAAAGAUCGGAUGGCAGCCUUACUUUUAGUGGAGGUUGGAAUUCAAGGUCCCGCUUUGGUGUCAGUGGGGAAACAGGUUGGAGAUGAAAUAGAUGUUCGAGUGGAAGAAGCUCAUCCACGCGAUGAUGUCCUCUCUCUCAAGGAAGUGUAAGGAACUCGAGAUGGUAUGUUUACCAAGUUUUAACAUUGCAUGGAGAUUGGCCUUGGCUUGCUUCGCAUCAACGGGAGCAUAUAGUGCCACCCAACUGACAAAUGAGCGGAAAAGUCACUGCAUGAGGCCUCAAGUCAAAACUGUGUAUCUAUCAUACGUUCUACUUUCAGAUGCUGCUGCAUAUUAUUGAAAGCCCACCUAUCAAAUAAAAGCUUUGGAAGUUCCAAGAUCCUCUCGAAUUCUCCAUGGAUUCCAAGAAAAUACUACUAGAGCCUAGCUUGCAUCUGAAUGAUAUGCAGAGGGAGCUAGCACUAGCUCGGAGGUCUGAUAUAUCUCUGCAACUUCUGGUGUUUGGCCGUUUGGGAAUAUCUGAAAAUUUAUGUACAUGUAUAAAUGAGAAGAAUAGUUCAGCAUGGGCCCUGAACAAACCUCUGUAAAAUUUUCCUUGUAAGAGAGAGAAAACAGUCUUUAGUUACAUUCCUGCAGUUCCCUC